CUGACAUUUGUCAAUUUGAGAAGUGAAACGUCAUAGUGCGGUCUUUUGUGUGUUGAUCUCUAGCGUUUUUCAGCAGAUUUUUCCAGUUUUUGAACGGUAUUUAUUUUAUUAUCUGGCUUCCAGAUGAUGUCGGUAUUUGGAUCGUUGAUGGGAGAUAUGGAAGCCGAUCCGAUAUUUGGGUCUCACAUGCGUCAGAUGCGCCAGAUGAGCAACAUGAUGAAUUCCCUAUUCUCUGACCCAUUUGGCAUGAUGCGUGGUGGAUCCAUGUAUGAUGACUUUGAGAAUAGAGCAUUGGUCCAUCACCGUCACAAUGCACUGAUGUCUCCCUUUGGUAUGCCAAUGAUGCCCAACUUCAACCGCUUGCUCAGUGGAUCUUUAGAUUCUAUGAACCACCCUGGCAAUUUUAGCAGCUCUAGCACUGUCAUCAGCAUGACUUCUGGGCCAGAUGGACGCCCACAGCAGGUCUAUAAAGCAACAUCUAGUACCAGGGUUGGCCCUGAUGGAAUAAAAGAAACCCAGAAGACUGUUGAAGACUCGGCUACUGGAACCAAAAAGAUGUCCAUAGGUCAUCACAUUGGUGAAAGGGCUCAUAUUAUUGAGAAAGAACAAAAUGUAUUUACUGGUGAUAGAGAGGAAAGAGAAGAUCUGAUUAACAUAGAAGAUGAUGAAAAAGAAGAGUUUGAUAUAGAAUGGGACCAGAAAGCGAGAAGAGCCGAGAUACCAAGGAUAAGUGGUAUUCCUAGAAACAGGCACUCUUAUGCCGGACAUACAUCUGCACCACUUGCUAUCACAGCUGGUCCUAGCAUAACUGGCAGUAGAAGACACCAUCACAGAAGCACAUUGGAAGAACAAUCAUCGAAGCAUCCAUUGAUAAAAGGCCGGAGAAGUAUCAGGUCAUCACCAAAGCCUGUUUCGGGCGCGUCUAGGUUAUCACGACAGUACUAGAAACAAUUCUAUAUUAACGCCCCCUCUCUUUGAUCUACCAUGUGAACCACCAAUCUCGAGCACCAUAUAGUGUUCCAAGUCAUUCACAAGGACAGCAACCAAGAAAAAGCAAGAAUGUGAAAACGGUAUCGGGUACCUCUCCCAAUCAUGACAACUAAGUGUUUGCAAGUUGAUGUAUUUUCCUCAUUGUUACACACUCUGUAGCACAAUUGUCAGAUUCUUGCGGAGCGAUAUUUUGAAUACUUGGUUUCACAAUUUAUGUGUUUUUGCUAUGCAUUGCAGCUUAACUAUUUGUUUCAAGUUAAUUUUGACCUUGACGUAUUGCAAUUGAGAUGAUUUCUAAGUCGUUCGUACUUCGCGAAUACGUAGUUCGGUAACAUAUUCCACCUAAAGAUAGUCAAUGAACUGUGUUUCCAGUUCAAAAACGAUCUGAAAUACGUUUGCGCCAUCUAUUCCUCAUAAUUCCUCACUCUCUAUGUGGCUGAACGUAAAAACUGGUAAAUGUCUAUUGAUUUUGAUUGUAGCCUCAACCAAUAAAUGGUUAUGCUACAGGAAAACCUGUGCCGUCUCAUUUUUAACUAUCCUAUAAACAUAGCUCUAAAGAUUGCAGAAACCCGUUGAUUAACCAACAACUAACAAGCAAAGAUAAGCUGAAUUUAUAAUUGUAUUUCGCGUUUUGACUUGCAAUAGGACAAUUUUGUUGUGCAUCUAUAAUAAAAUAUGGCUAAUAGACAGUAUGUUUAAUCCAACUAUAACAUUUUUCUUGAAAUUGGGGAUAGAUAGGUAAGAAAUGCUGCUAAUGUUGAAUUAUUGUUUUAUACGAGAAGCCAGGAACCCCUGAGAAGUCCAUUGACUGUGAAAAACGUUUUUUCUCUAAUGUAAUUUUGAAAUCAGGUACAAGGAAAGGUGUUAGUUCGCUUUGUAUCAUCUGGAAAAAAACUACGGAACUGUACCAUAAUGAUCAUGGUGACAUUUGUUUGAGAGACUUCUUUCCUCUUAUACUGUAAACUAUGACAAAGGCUAAACAUGAUCCAGAUUGUUUAUAAAUCCAGAGUUCCAUCAUAAUAUUGGUGGACAUAAUAGCAACAUGGUGAAACGACAAAUCGCUAGAGAAAAGGUUUCACUAUAAGCUGCGCGAGUCUAUUUGGGCAAGAAGGCAGUGACCACAUGGUAUUUUUGAAUUCCAGGCCCUAAGGUCUUUUGGACUGAAUUCUGGUAAUUUGAGAGAAAUUCCGCGGGUUUUAAUUUUGUGACACUUGAUACCCCAAACAAUAAUAUCGUUUGUAUAUAUAUACAGUGUAGUAUUUGUGUUGUCACUUAGCUGUCACUAAACACAAAAAUGCAUUUGUGAGUCUCCGUAAAUUAUGAUUCCAAGUAUAAGCAAAAAUUUGAUUGAUAUUAAACUGACUCAGUAUUUAUUUUGCAUUGGUUAUCGUUUACAUGAUAUCGUUUUCUUACUCCGAGAUUUUGUUUGAACCGGGUGCCAAAAAUUUUCAGAUCGACAUUGGAGCUUUUUUUAAUUCUAUUUUUAUUAUUUUGAAAUAGGUGCUGUUCACGAACAUUCUAAAUAUUUUCUAUGUAUGUUUUAUCAAUAAAUGUAUGGUACUGGGUGACAGUAGAUUGGUUUUCUUUAUAAAAUAUUUAUUUCAGUAUCUGAAAGCAUCUUCAAUAAUACAUUGGAACAAUGUUGGCAAGAUUAGCUUAGGAAGUAGAAGGUAGCAACGCCUUGGACUGUGUUAAAGUACAAUACAAUAUUGACAGUAGUUAAAACAUUUUCAGUUUUUAAGAUGCAGGAUAUAUUUGAUAUUUCCUCAAUAUCACAUUUUGGAAGAUGGUAGAUGUGUAUUGAAACACUUUUGUUGACAAAGGAGGUCUCCUCGCAAACAUGGUACCGACUACUUUACCCUAGAAGACAUAAAUAUUAAAAGAAUAUGUUAAAAAUAAAGUCCUGAGCGUGCGGUAUGAAAAAAUCACGAAAUCAAAGCGUUCUACUAUAAUCUUCGUACAACAAUUGCAGAAUGCUUGCUAAGCCAAUUUUGACAACUUAAUACGCAUGAUACAAUGCGAGUUGAUAGUAGAUGGGCAACUUUAAUGAAUCCUUUAUUUGCAAUUUUUAUUCCCAAAUCUUGUUCAUUUUGUACUUGUGAUUUAUAGGCUAUUUUACUUUGAUAUAUAAUCUAAUGGAGGCUCUAAGUGACAUGUAUUGAUUUGCUUUUGAAAUUUUCUUUUUCCUUGCCACAGUAUCUCCAUUAGAAUUAAUACUUUAAGCAUUAUUCAUCGUAUGGUUCGCUUUAUUUAUUUCGAAAAGUUGUCCAUUAAUUUAAAUAUGUCUAGAGUGUAAGGUGAUAUUUUAAGAGUUCUCUCAAGCUAGAUUAGAGUUAUGUAUUGAGUACAAUGUAUUUAGGCUUAAUGUGAAUAAAUAUGUAUUAUUCCA